AUGAAAGCCACAACCAACUUCAGCUACGCCAGAAACGAGAGCAACUGCACGAGCGAUAACAGAAUCAGCCACGUCAUUUUCCCCUUGCUUUACACAGUUCUGUUCCUGGUGGGCAUCACCAUGAACGGCCUGGCAAUGUGGGUCUUCUUUAAAAUAUCCAGUAAAUCCCACUUCAUCAUCUUCCUCAAGAACACGGUCAUUUCUGACCUGCUCAUGACCCUGACUUUUCCCUUUAAAAUUCUCAGCGACGCAAGGCUGGUGUCAUGGGUAUUGCGGGGAUUUGUGUGCCAGGUCACCCAGGUCGUGUUCUACUUUACCAUGUACAUCAGCAUUUUGUUCCUUGGUCUAAUAACUAUCGACCGCUAUCAGAAAGCCACCUCGCCCUUCAGAACAUCGACACCAAGGAGCCUUUUGGGCGCCAAGAUCCUGUCCACAGCAAUCUGGAUAUCCAUGUUUGCUCUUUCGUUACCCAACAUGAUUUUAACAAACAAGAAGAAGACACCGAAGAACGUAAAGAAGUGUGCCCUGCUGAAAUCUGACUUUGGCUUAGUCUGGCAUGAAAUUGUGAACUACGUUUGUCAGCUUAUCUUCUGGGUUAAUUUAGCAGUCAUAGUUGUAUGCUACAUGCUCAUAAGUAAAGAGCUGUACAAAUCCUAUAAAAGGACAAGAUGCACUGGAAAAGCAACCAAAAAGACUGUAAAUCUGAAGGUUUUCAUCAUUAUCGCGGUCUUCUUCAUUUGCUUCGUGCCGUUUCACUUCACCAGGAUCCCCUACACGCUGAGCCAGACGAGAGACGUUUUUCAAUGCUCUGCCCAAAACACCCUGUUCUACCUAAAAGAGAGCACGCUGUGGCUGACGUCACUGAAUGCCUGCCUGGAUCCGUUCAUAUACUUCUUCCUCUGCAAAUCCUUCAGGAAGUCCUUGCUGGAUGUGCUGUGCCAGCACGCGGCAUCGCCGGAGCUGAGAGCGCGGAUGAAGGAGCAGAACGAGGGGGACGAUACUGACGAGACCCCGCUCUAG